UCAUAUGCCUCAGACCUGUGAAGUAUCUCUGCCCUGCUGUGCAGACGGGGGGUCACUGUCGAGUGUCAAAGCCCCCCAAGUCAGUGGGGUUAGAGUUCAGCUGGAGAUGCAUGCACUUUGGCAGCAGUUUGACCAGCUGGGCACAGAGAUGAUUGUUACCAAAGCUGGAAGGAGGAUGUUUCCAACAUUCCAGGUUCAAAUCUCCGGGAUGGAUCCUACUGCUGAAUAUGUCCUGCUCAUGGACUUUAUCUCUGUUGACAAUACAAGAUACAGAUAUGCGUUCCACAGCUCAUCCUGGUUGGUGGCAGGGCGAGCGGAUGUUGUAGCCCCAAGCAGGAUGCAUUUCCACCCAGACUCACCUGCCCAUGGAGCCCAGUGGAUGAAGCAGACCGUAUCCUUCGACACUCUCAAGCUCACCAACAACCUGCUGGAUGACAAUGGACAUAUGAUAUUGAACUCCAUGCAUCGCUAUCAGCCACGCUUCCAUGUGGUAUAUGUAGAUCCAGCUCCAAGCUCCAGUCACUUAAACGCACACAGGAACUUCUGCUCUUUUUCCUUCCCUGAGACACGCUUCAUGGCCGUCACUGCCUAUCAGAACCACCGGAUCACCCAGCUAAAAAUAGCUUGCAACCCGUACGCCAAAGGCUUCAGGACUACAGACCCCCAGGACAGAGUGGGUUAUUCGGGACCUCUGGCAGUGUGGUGUCCACCAGAGGGCAGAGGUGCACCCCUCACCAACAAACUUGGAGAGCGGGGAAGCUGGGGCUCAAAGACUUCAAACAGGCAGGAGGACCCAGCCCCACUGUUGGUGGAGCAGUGUGGACUGUUCCACCACUGUAAAGACUCUGUGGGACUCUGUGGGAGGAAAGACGGGGAUAGUGUAUUAGCACCUGCUUCCUUCAUUCCUAUUCCAUCCUACUGGGAUUGUCCAGGAUCAUCUCAAGAGAGAGAGACAGUCUGUAAUAAAGAGAAGCAAACUGACUGAACUUGAAUUAACAUUACAUUACAUUAUUUGUUUAUAGUUUGUGGUCUCACUCAAAAUUAAUGUAUAGGGAUGCUAUGCAUUAUGCAAGUGUUUCAUCAUAAUCCUGAUGUCUAUGGCAAUAUGAUAGAUGUACAGCAAUGAUGCAAUGUGCUAUAAAUAAUAUAUAGCAUACAGUAAGAGCACUUUGGAGUCAUAGUAAAGUACUAUAGAUUACAGCAACAAUACAGUGGUGCUCCUACAAACUCACAGGUGAGAACAACAAACAAUCAAUUUGGUUCUUAACUAUAGUAUAAACUAUGUCUAAUGUCUCGUUAUUAUUAUUAUUUGUGCAACUAGAAUGCAUCUGUCUGUUGUAUGAUAUAA